AUGCUUUUAUUUUUAAUCGCUGGUUUUGACACAACAUCUAAUGCACUGGCUUGGUUUAUUCAUUUCCUGAGUAAAUAUCCGCGAGUGCAACAAAAAAUCAAAGCAGAAUUAAUAGAUAUCUGUAAUAAUCAAACGUUGUCUGUGAAUCAACUUGAUUCUUUGACUUAUUUGGAUUGUGUUAUCAAUGAAACAUUACGCUUUUUUCCACCUGUCAAUGGUACCGUUCGUACGUUAACUGCUGACGAUCGUCUCCCUGGAAGUGGUGUUCAGUUGUAUAAAGGUGACUCAGUACUAAUUCCAUUUCAUAAUUUAUCACAUGAUACUCGAUUAUGGUCUAUCGACCCUAAUAUAUUCUAUCCAGAAAGAUUCUUAGGCGAAGAUAAAAGUCAUAAUCCGUAUGCAUUGAUUCCAUUCGGUAAUGGUCACCGUCAAUGUAUAGGACAGGAUUUGGCACGGUUUGAACUCAAAGUCAUUGCAGCAAGAAUGAUGCAACAGGUCACAUUUGGUGAUGGUGGACCUGAUGUCAACUCCGGUGGUCAUGUGACAAGACUUGUCACCGCACCAAAACAUGUUGGUGUUACUAUCGAAUUCGUCUAA